AGGUAAGGGUGUCGCAAAAAUCUAUUCACUAGGCAGCAGGUUAUCAGUGUUAGUUGAUUAUUUUUGUAGGUGUUUUGUUGUGUGUUCUGGAAUUUGAUAUAUUGAUUAUAAUAACAUGAGAUUCUUCAAAUGAGUGCGAGGAGUUCGAGAUGCAAAAUUCAGUUAUUUCAGAAACUUUGGGAGUCAACGAUGUCCUGGAAUUGCUGCAACAACAGUAUGCCAUUAUCUCGGGUGGAAAAUCUAAGGAAGGCUGUCCAAUCAUUCAUUUCCCCGAUAACAAUAAUUUUGAAACAUUAUCCGACGUAGAAUAUCAACGUUUGAUGUUGUAUUUAACAUCAGUGCCUUCCCUCCAUGAUGCAGAUUUGGGCUUCCAUUUAAUAAUAGAUAGGAGAAAUGACAGAUGGAAUUCGGUCAAAACAGUACUUCUAAAAAUAUCGGUGUUUUUUCCUGGCCUCAUACAUGUCGUUUAUGUUCUUAGACCAGCUAGUUUCAUCCAAAAAGCCUUAUCCGAAGUGAGCAAUAAAUUAUUCAAAGACGAAUUCAAAUUCCGUAUGAUAGUUCUAAGUACAAUAGAAGAGCUGCACAAACACAUCAACAUCAGGCAAUUAACACCAGAUAUGGGCGGCACCUUACCCUACAAUCAAGAAGACUGGAUACAGCAGAGAAUUCAGCUGGAAACUUUCUCAGCUAUAACCCACCAAGUGUCUACGGCACUGGAUGAGUUUACUAAGGACAUAGAAGAAACGGAGUUGCCAAAUGAUGUCGAAUCUACCCAGCAGUUAUUAGAUAAGCAUAGCAUGAUCUACUCGGAUUUGAAGAGAGAUAUCCUAUCAGCGGCCAAACAUGGAGAAGACCUUUUGACCAGUAUUAAAGAAAAAACGAUAUCAUAUGAUGACGAUUAUUUCACCUUAUCAGAUGCCAGUGGUAAUGUAUUUGCUGUUGAACGCUUACUUGUACAGUUAGAAGAAACAGAACGAACUUUCGAUGAAUUCUGGCAAAAUCAUUCGAUUAGGUUAAGGAAUUGUUUGGAAUUGAGACGCUUCGAGCAAGAUUUUCGUGAACUUCAAGUAAAUUUCGAAUCCAAUAUCAAAACGAUCACCGAGAUGAGUGAAGUUGGCGAGAGUGUGGAAAAACUUGAUAACCUUUUGAAGCAAGCUAAAGCCUUUCAAAAACUGUGCAGUACGGAUACUGAUAGAGCUGAAGAGGUGAUCUCAUCGGGGCAACAUUUGAUUAGUAUCAACUCUUGUCCUAUAGAAUGUGUACAGCCGAAAUGUACUGAGCUUAUUAGGGUGAGAACCUUAUUGAUAGAACUACUCUCCAAGAGGAUAGAAACAAUCAGCUCAACUAAAACUAUCAUGGAUAGGGUGGAAAGUGCAAAUAAAUGGUGUAGCAAUGGCGUUGAUCUCUUAGCAUCCCAAAGAAUCGAACAAUGUGCUAACUCAAUAGAACUCGCAGAGAAAUAUUUGAAAGAGAUCGUUGAGUUCUCUGCAACCUCUAAAGAAUUUACAACAAAGGGACACCAAGAUUUCAGGGAAUUUUUUGAUGAUUCUAUUACACAUGAAACCAAGGCACUUAUAUCCCAAGUGAUAAAAAGGAUAGAAGAUGUAACUCUUAUGUGUACCAAACGGGUCAGUACUUUGAACAAGUUGACUGUAAAGCCUGUUAGGCCGGUGCAAACUGUUCCACCUGAACCAGUAGUUCCUAGGCAACCUGGUGCUCCAGCUCCAAACCACAAUCGGGCAGUUUUGAAAAAAGCAUAUACGAUACCAAAGAUGAGCAAUCCUGGGAAUGAUAUAGACACAAAUUACCUCCAAAAUGAUUUUCCAGCAGAUUCAGACGAGAUAAAUAACAUAAAAAUCAAACACAUACUGAAAGAACUUUAUGACACUGAAAAUGUGUACGUCACUGAGUUAUAUACUAUCUUGAAGGGUUACAAGAAAGCUGCUCAGAAUGAAGAUAUGCUUCAUUUGAUUCCUUCCGAUGUCGAUGAAAAAUUUCACGUUAUUUUUGGGAAUUUGGAAGAGAUAUUCAAAUUCCAUUCGGACGUAUUUCUCAAAGACUUGGAAAACUGCAUUACUUCAAGAGACCUCGUUGCUUUAUGUUUUCUACAAAGGAGGGAGACAUUUUCUCAACUCUAUAGCUUCUACUGCCUGAAUAUAUCGAAAGCAGAACAACUAAGAGAAAGCUCAACGGAUUUGCACCAAUUUUUUUCAACUUGCCAACAGCGUUUAGGCCACAAACUCCCCCUGGCCGCUUACUUGUUGAAACCAGUUCAGCGGAUAACAAAAUAUCAACUCCUUCUGAAAGAUCUUCUGCGCUAUUCCAGUUAUGAUAAUUGCGGCAAAGAGCUACAACAAGCAUUAGACAGCAUGCUUGUCGUCCUCAGGAGUGUCAAUGAUAGCAUGCACCAAAUAUCGAUCACAGGGUUUCCCAUGGACUUAGGGCAGCAAGGAGAUCUUUUGCUGCAAGGCUCUUUCAACGUUUGGCUGGAAAAUAAACGAGACCUAAGGCUCCGCCUCAAGCCUAUGCAAAGGCAUUUAUUCUUGUACCAAAAGGCCGUAUUGUUUUGCAAACCCGUUUCGAAAACAGUCCAUAACAAAACUACAUAUCACUUCAAGCAUUAUCUUCAAAUGUCGCAGAUUGGCCUCACGGAAUCCGUCAAAGGGGAUGUCAAGAAGUUCGAACUGUGGUUACAGGGCAGGCAAGAAGUCCACACCAUUCAAGCCACCAAUUUGGAUCAGAAACAGACUUGGGUCAACGAAAUCAAGAAGGUGCUAUUCAACCAGCUGGAGGAGAUAAAGGGAGAGAAGAUAAGGCAGUAUGCUGCAAUUUCCCACAAACCUCUGAGGCAAACGAUUUCUUGGGAAAAGCAGAAGAACAUGGCUUCCGUUGUUCCAAUUAUCCAUCAUAGAGCAAUGAGCUGUGACUCUGACCAAUCUAGUCAUUGCAUGGAUGAUGCGUCAAAUGAAAGCAUAGAAAGUGAAAAUUGGUCCUCUGAUUGUAGUAAUAGUGAUGACGAAGAUCAUUUGGCUGCCUCACCGUGGAGAACUGUGGUGAAGGGUCAUAGCACAAUAGUUGAUCGUGUCGUUCAGUAUUUCAUUGGCAGUACGACAAACACCACAACAUUUUAUGUUGAAAAUUUCUAAUUCUCCGCUGUUCCAUUAUUUAUUUCAUUCUAAAUGGGCGAUACGUUGCUCUUGCUGAUUACUGUGCAGUUGGCAAUAGUGAGGUGAACAUGAGAGAAGGAGAUGUCGUCGAGCUGCUCAAAGUUGGCUGUGCUGGAUGGUGGUUUGUGAAAAUGAUAGAAACUAAUGUUGAAGGUUGGGCACCAGCUGCAUAUUUGGAGACAACGCAUGUGAAGAAUUCCCGUAGUCAAAGGAGUCAGGAUAAAUUGAAUAUCUAGUGACCUGACAAAAAAAAGUAGUAUUGCAUUAUCCUACAUACUUGUUUCCUAACCCAGCAAGAUUCCAUUUGGACAAAGCUAUACGUGGAAUAUUUUGAAAAGAGUUGGAUUUGUGAUUUUAUUAUAAGCUGGUUUUUGUAUAUUGUUUCGAGAAAUUGUUAUUUAUUUGGGAUUCGAAUAUUUUAUUUAUCAGGGACAAAUAUAUUUGGGGAAGAAUAUUUUGUGAUAUAAGAUUUUUUAAAGUGUCAAUGGAUGCAGGCUGAUUUGAAUAAGUGCUUUCAAAAAUGCGGGAAUCCCACUGAAUCACAUAUCUUAUUCAUUGAUAAAGAACGCUCCUGACCAAAGUUUAUGCCAAGAUAAUAAUGUACCAUGUCAUGAAAUUGUCAAUUUUUGGACUGAAUGUUUCUUGGCACUCAAUCCGUCUAUUUAUUUACAUAACAGCAGGCCAGAUGAGACACAUUAUAAUUUAGUACAAAUUACUUGUUUUGUUGCUUAUAUUUAUUUUCCUAUUUGAUUUUAGACUGUUUUUAUUGUAUACUAUCAGAUACGUAAGUAUUUUCAAUUAGUCUAUAUUAUUUUGUAGUUAACAGUUGAUUUUACUCUUUACUCGAAUAUUAAAAGAGUAUAAUAUAUAUAAUUACAAUCAAGAUCAAUUCAACAUGAUAGCUUGGCAUACCUAAUUAUUAUUAAAUUUGUAAAUUAUAAUUUCAUAUACCAGAUGUUAAUGAAAAUUUCAAAUAUGAAUCC